AUGAAGCCGAUAACCUUCUCCACUUUCUCUUUUUGGCCAUCUCUCUUUUUGGCUGGUUUCCUUGGCUUACACAUUGCUGACAGUUUCGUGAGAAGUCAGAAGAACCAUACGCUAAUUUUCACCAAGGAAAGCAUAAUUCGGAACUGCAGCUGCUUGGCGGAUAUCCGUGACUGUGAUUACAACCUGGCAAACUUGAUGUGCAACUGCAGAACGGUGCUGCCUUCUACCAUGGAAAAAACUAACUACAACAGUGACCUGACCAUUUGGUUCACAGACACCUCCGUGCUGGAGAUGCUCCUCAAUUUCACAAGGGUGUGUGAUUUGAAGCUCUCCUUCUGUGGCACCGCUCCUCUCCCGACAGAAUACUUGACCAUCUGGGGACUGCGAAAGCUCCGGGUGAAAAACAAGGUCAAGGGACAAUUUCCAGAGCAGAGCGUAACCAUCUCCAGUAGCAGCAACAAUGAAAAAGAGGACUACCUUGCAAUGCACAACAAAGACAGGCAAAUGUUAGUAUACAUUUCUUUUCUGGAUACCUCUCUUUUCAAUGGAUACUCUUUGCUGAAGUCGUACAGUGUGGAAAAUGUCUCUAGUAUCACGGAGUAUUUUCCCAGCCUUCUGUACUCUGAUGUUUUCUCAACCUCAGACAACAAGAGCUAUGUUGUAACGUUCAUUUACUGA